AUGCUCCGCCGCCCUCGCCACUUCCUCCCCGCCAAACACCGCCGCCGCCCAAAGCCCCAACCCAAGCAGCCCGCCGAGCCCCCCACCCCGACCUACACCCGCGACAUCGUCCGCCGUGUCACCAACAUACUCCGCGACCACCCCUGGUCGGCGGCGCGCCCGCUCCUCCUCUCCCUCCCGGGCCUCGUCUGGGACUCCCACACCGUCGCCCGCGUCCUCAAGACCCACCCGCCCCUCCAAAAGGCCUUCCUCUUCUUCCGCCUUGCCGCCUCCCCCGCCGCCGACCCCAAGGCCGCCUUCCGCCACGACCGCUACACCUACACCUCCAUGCUCCACCUCCUCGGCGAGGCCGGCCGGGUACCCGCCAUGCUUCGCCUCCUCGCCGAGAUGCUGCGAGCCGGGGUGGACCCCGACGCCGCCACGUUUACCACUGUCAUGCACUGGCUCGGGCGCGCCGGGGACGUGGACGCCGCGAUGAGCGUGUGGGAGGAGAUGCGCUCUCGCCGGGGCCGGUGCCGCCCCACCCUCGUGAGUUACACGGCGUGCGUCAAGAUCCUGUUCGACGCCGGGAGGGCGGCCGAGGGCAAGAGGGUGUUUGAGGAGAUGGUGGCCGAGGGGCUGCGGCCCAGCUGCACCACCUACACGGUGCUCAUCCAGCAUCUCGCCGACGCAGGAAAAUUCGAAGCUACUCUAGAAAUUAUGAGUGACAUGCAAGAUGCAGGAGUAGAACCAGACAAGGCACUCUGCAAUAUUCUAGUCCAGAAGUGUUCCAGGGCGGGGGAGACAUCAGUGAUGGCCUUCGUUCUCAAGUACAUGAAGGAGAAACUCAUCGUUCUUCGUAGACCUAUUUUUCUGGAGGCACUGGAAGCUCUAAAAGCUAGUGGCGAGAGUGAUAAUCUUCUCCGGGAAGUGAAUCCUCACCUUGCAUCCGAAGGCAUUGAAUGUGACCAAACAUUUUCUCAUCUAGGCUACAUUACUGACAGAAACACGAUUAUGUACCUUCUGGCUGCUAGAAACUGGUCUGCUAUCGAACAAAUGACAAAAGAACUGGCCACGAGAAAUGUGAAGUUUGAAUCACAUAUCCUAGCUGAUAUAAUUCAGGCCAGCUGUGCAAACUGCAGGCCAUCAUGUGGGCUCGCAGUUCUGCAUUAUAGUCUAAGAGUAGGCAAUGAACUGGACAGAUCUGCAUAUAGUUGCCUUCUUGGUCAAUACAUCAGAAGUGAUUCGUUUGAUUUGGUGCUUAAGAUUGUUGAAGGAUUGAUUAAAUCUGGCUGCAAUCUUGGAUCAUAUCUGUUAUCAGUCUUAAUACUAAGACUAGGUUGUGCUGGGCAUUCUUCAUACGCGGCAAAGAUCUUUGGGUUAUCGUCUGCAGACCAGAACGUGACUACCUACACUGCCCUUAUGAAUGCCUAUUUUCAAGCUGGCGAAGUUGAUAAGGCUCUUAAACUAUGGUCACAAAUGAAAACAAAUGAGAUAUCAGCUUGUGCAGGUACAUAUGAAGUACUAAUAUAUGGCUUACAAAAGGCUGGGCGGAAACAUGACUCGGAACAUUACCGAAGAGAAAGAAUGGAGAUGCAAUGGCAUCGUCAGUACUGUGAUGAGCAUUCCCCUGAAGAUAGCUUGUGUAACCAUCUCUUUUGUGGCUUUCAUGGUUAGAAGAUGGUUUGCUGGGCGAUGUUCACUUCUGUUAGCUCAGUUUAUCCAGCUUCAUGUUUAGUCCCAGAUUGAAGGUAUAAAUGGGUUUCCUGAUAUUUUCUUUGACACGGAGCUGGACACUCAACAUGUGAUUCCUUUUUCAUAGCAUGGAUAAGAAAGUAUAACAGGCUGAGCCCGUGGGAAAGAAUCUCUUUGGGGUUACAUGAACAAGGGAAUGGUGAAACUAAAUCAAAAGAGUUGCAUGAAGGAUUGCCGAAUUUAAUGACCUACAAGAUGCAAACUGACUCUUCAUGUUAGUGAUGAUUGCUGAUUUAAAGUGAUAAAAUCCAUUCGAGAAGAACCGUUAAAGGGUGUAACAGGAAAGCAUGUAAUUAGAGUACUAUGGAUGUCAAGAAGCAACCGAAAGUCUGGAAGUUAAAUGUCCUUUUGUAAUUUAAGGUAAUACAUCCUUAACAAGCUUGUAACACAUGUUUUGUACUAAUUAAUCUACUCCCUCCGUUCACUAAUAUAAGAUGUUUUAGCUUUUUGUAGAUAUCUUUUUUGGUAUGUAUCUACUCUACUUUCAGUGUGUAGAUUCACUCAUUGUGGGGUGUAUCUAGUUCACUUCGAAAUGUCUAAAACGUCUUAUAUUUGUGAACAGAGGGAGUAGUACUUAGGGAGGUAUGUCCCAUGCUGUGCUUGAAUUUUCUAUCACAAUCUUCUUUUGUUCAGACCAAAUCUAACUAUCGACAAUAUGGAGUGCUCCCCUUUUCUUGUCUUGUAAAAAUUAUGGCUGGCUGAUUUUCUGUAAAUAUU